GCGCGCGGCCCAGAUCAACCGAAGCCAGCCAGCCCACUCGACGGCAUUCUCCUCCGGCAAGCUCCGCGCGGAACCCUAGCUAGCCCCGCCGGCCGCCGCCGCCCCUCUCCCGUCCACACUCCACCCGCCGGGCUCGCCUCCUCCACCUCGCGACACCGGCAGCCAUGGCGCAGAGGGCGGCGGGCGCGCUUCUCCGGCGGUCCCUCGGGCUCGCGCCGCCGGCGGCCCCGAGGGCGCUGAGCACCAGCGCCGCGGCGCCGGCCGCGGCGGCGGAGGGAGAGGCCGCGGCUGCCAAGGCGAAGAGGAGCAAGAAGAAGAACCUGUUCGACGUGGUGCAGUUCCUGCCGGACUGGGGCGUCGGCUACAAGGUCGCCAAGACCACCUGGCGCGACGUCUCCUACCAGAUCACCAAGAUCAACCUCUACAAGGAUGGCCGCCACGGGAAGGCGUGGGGGAUUCGGCACAAGGCCGGUGUGCAAGUUGCUGACGCUCCGAUAAAACUCAGCGGAGUGAACAAGCGUGGUUGGAAGUACAUAAAGGCAUCGCAGAAGACGGUGCAGGAUAUCCCCGCAGCUGAGACGCCAGCCGCUGCCACUGCCACUGCCACUGCCACUGCUUAAUUCGUUACAGGCUAGAGCAUUUAGAAGGUGGCAAAACUUGUUCCUGUAGAAGCGUAGCGUUGAACUGUUGAGACGAUUGGUUGAUCUGCCAUCUCCACUCUUUCAUAGGUUCUCAUGCUUUCCAGGGUUUUAGGCAUAGUUGAAAGGGUUUUCAUGUGACCCCGGAUUGCCACGUCGGCCAUGCUUUGUCGUCGAAGCUAAAGAUGAUGUAGCCGUCAAAAACAUUUGUUUUGCAUUUUUACGUUUUUGCAAUGCCUCGUUUCCAUCAGAAGGAACAAGUGCGUCGCCUCGACAUUAGUUUGGUUGGGUGGAUCAUGUAAUAAAAGUUUAUUCUUGCUCUGUA